GGAGCACAUGAUGGUGUUCCUAACAACGCAGCUCUGGCUACGAAACCGCCUCACAGACCGCUUUUGGCGAGUUCAGGAGGUGUUGAAACAUGCUCAGCAUUUUAGAGGAAGGAAGAGUCACUGCUACCAGCUGGCAGUCAGGGUGGUGACCAGAGCCUUCCUUAAGUGUAUUCAGGCCGGCAGACUGAAGAAGCAGAACCUGAGGACCCUCUGAAUUACACCUGCCUCCCAGGAACAUGGCUUACAGUCCCCAACACUCAUUGUCAACUUAAUUAAGUGCCAAGUGGAGCUCAACAAGAAAGUACUUGUGGACCUGGCCAUCUAUGAGCCAAAGACUUUUAAAUCUUUGGCAGCUUUGGCUAAGAGGAGGCAGCAGGAAGGAUUUGCUCCAGCUUUGGGGGCUGGAAAGGAGCCUGAGGGCAUCUUUUCCAGAGUGGUGCAGUACCACUCAAAGCUGCAGAGCUAUGGAAAUUCUUAUAAACAAGAUAGUUGCACAAGGAUUGUCUAUCACCUGUAA